AAAGAUACAAUUGGUGGAUAAAAACGAAAGUAGGGUUUUUGUGGAGGAAAUUCAAAACGAUUUACGAGCUUCUUACAGUUUCUGGUUUCUAAUAGUAAACGUUUUGUGUUUUGUUUGACGAGUAUCCUCAUGAACGGUGUACCAUGCAUAUCAGUUGAAUGCUGUAAAAACUGAGAAGCUACAUUUAAAUCAAUAUUUACAUAGCUAUUCUGCAGUGACAAACAAUGUCAGUACCUACAGGAUCUGUUGAUAUUCUUAAAUUAGAUCUCUAUAGAAUUCUUGGUGUCCAAGAAGAUGCUACAGAAAAAGAGAUAGUGAAAUCAUAUAGAAAACAGGCCUUAAAAUGCCAUCCAGACAAAAACCCAGAUGAUCCUAAAGCAGCUGAACUGUUCCACCAGUUGGCAAAAGCUCUAGAGAUUCUGACAGAUGCAGCUGCUAGGGCAGCUUACGAUAAAGCACAGAAAGCCAAAAAAGCAGCAGAGGCUCGCCACAAGGAAUUAGACAGCAAGCGCAAAAAGUUCAAAGAAGAUCUUGAGAGCAGAGAGAAAGCAGCGGAUAUUCGAACUGAAGCUGAUCUGUCGCUAAAGAAGAACUUUCAAGCUGAGAUAGAACGAUUACGAAAGGAAGGAUCCAAACUGUUAGAGCAGGAGCAAGAAAGAUUGAAAGAAGAGAUAAAGGAAGGACAGACAAGGCUACAACAGCAAGAGGAAACAGAGAACAGCAGCAGUGUGUCUGAAACUCCGAAACUGAAAGUAAAAUGGAAGUGUAAAAAGAAUGAUGACACCAAUGGUGGAUACAGUUCUGAAAUUCUGACAGAUCUCUUCAAUAAGUAUGGGAAUAUCCUCAAUCUAAUUAUGUCCAAGAAGAAAGGGGGAAGUGCCAUUCUGGAAUUUUCCUCAUGGACAGAUGCAAAAAAUGCAAAAGAACUUGAAAAAGGACUGAUUGAUAACCCUUUGUCGUUGUCAUGGAUACAGCCUCCGCCAGAGAGACCACAAAUGACCUCAAACAUCCACUUCAACUCAGGGUCACAACACAGUGAAGACAGUUUUACAAAGACAGAAUGGCCAUCACAAAUGUCUAGUGCAACCUCCAGUGCCAGGGAUUUUGAGAGUUUAGUGUUACAUAAACUCAGACAGGCUGAAGAGAGGAAGAGGUUGAUUGAACAGAUGCAGAAGGAGGAUGGAGAGGGAUGAUGAUGGAAGAAGAUAGUGAUUAAAUGUUGUGAAAAUCUUCCAUUUAUUGGCAAGACUUUAUCAGCGAUGGUCAUCAUGAUAUGGAGAAUUAAAUUAAAGCUGUUGAUCGUGUACAUAUUCUAUGCUUGUUGAGAUCGUAUGAAGCGUCUGAGAAUUUUUCCGCUAGGAGACUUUGGUAUGUGGUCAGUGAACACCACCCCUCCUCUCAGUCUUCUGUAUGGGGCCACUUGUUCUGUGGACAGAAACAUUACUCUAAUGGUUACACAAAUGUAAAUAGAUCAUGUGAACAAAUGUUGAUAGAUAACCACAAUUACAUAUUGAGUCAAUAUUAUGGAUAUUUUAAAGCAACAAAAUUUUAAUUGGUAUACGUGUAUAGGCCCUCAAUUUUGUGAUGUGCUCUCUUUUUAAAUUAACAAUGAAAUAACUUUAUAGUUUUUAUAAUCAGCAUUAUUUAUGGCUGACGUAUCGACUAAGUUGAUAAAAAGAUAAAGAUAUAUGUAUAUUGAAAAUGAUGAACUACAGAACUUUCAUCCAUAUAUGUCAAAAUGCCCCAUACCACCUAAUAAAUCCCUCCUUUACACAAC